GAUUGUCACACAACUAAAGAAACAAAUAUAACCUUUGAGUGAAAAAGAAUCAUUGCGGUUUUCUGAUUGCAGAAAUUCAAAUUUAACACAAUACAUAAAAAUCUUUUCUUAAUAAUAAAUACAAAUGGAAGAAACAGAAGAAAUGGAUUUUAAAAGUGAAAGUGACGAAGAAAGCUCUUCGAGUACGAGUUCAUUAAUCGUAAGUAAAAAGGAGUUAAAAUUGAGAGAAAAUGAAGAACAAGAAAAUGAAGAACAAGAAAAUGAAGAGGAUCAAGAAGUAGAUAAUAAAGAUGAGAAAAAGAAUGAAGAAAGUUUGAAUAGCGAUAAUGAUGAUGAUGAUGAUGAUGACGACGACGAUGACGAUGAUGAUGAUGAUGAUGAUGAUGAUGAUGAUGAUGGUAAAGAAAGUAAUGAUGAUCAUAUGGAUGUCAAUGAGGGCGAUGGCGAUGAUGAUAAUGCCGAUGAAGCAGAAAUUAAAGCAUUGGAGGCUUUGCUGGCAGAAAAUCCUUACGAUUACAGUAGUCAUAUUAAGUUGAUUAAAAAGUUUGAAAUGAUGGGUGAACUUGAACGUUUACGUACUGCAAGAGAAAACAUGAGUUCAAUGUACCCUUUGAGUCCAGAAUUAUGGCUAUCAUGGUUACGCGAUGAAAUUAAAUUAGCUGUAAGUAGCGAAGAAAAGGCUGAAGUUGUGAAAAUCUGCGAAAGAGCUGUUAAAGAUUAUCUUUGUGUCAAGGUUUGGCUGGAAUAUUUACAAUUCAGUAUUGGAAAUAUGGACAAUAAAAAGGAUGGAAUUCAAAAUGUUCGUCAACUUUUUGAAUCCGCAUUAACAUCAGCCGGAUUGCAUGUCAUCAGAGGAGCUAUAAUAUGGGAAGCAUUUAGAGAAUUUGAAGCAGUAUUAUUUGCAUUGAUUGAUCCCGCAAAUGUAACUGAAAAGAAGGAACAACUGGACCGUAUUGGAAAUCUUUUCCGACGCCAAUUAGCAUGUCCUUUACUAGAUAUGGAAAAAACAUACGAAGAGUAUGAAACUUGGAGAGCUGGAGAUGGUGCCCAAGCUACUGUAGACGAUAAUAUUGUACUCGCAGGAUAUGAAUGUGCUCUUGAAAAGCUAAAUAAUCGUCUUCCUUAUGAAGAAAAAGUAGUAUCUUCCCGAAAAGAAAACGAAUUACUUGAUGCCUAUAAAGAAUAUUUGUCGUAUGAAAAAACAAACGGAGAUCCAGGUCGUGUUACAGUUUUAUAUGAGAGAGCAAUUGCUGAUCUCAGUCUUGAAGUGCCGCUUUGGCUAGAUUAUAUUAAUUAUCUUGAGAAUAACAUUAAGAUAGAGUUGGUAUUAAGCAAGGUAUAUGAAAAGGCAUCAAGAAAUAUUCCAUGGUGUUCAACUAUUUGGCAAAAGUGGAUUAGAGCGUACGAGAAAUGGGAGAGACCUGUUUCGGACGUUCAAAACUUAUUAGAAAAAUCUUUCGUUAUGGGUUUUUCAGAGGCAAAUGAUUAUCGUGAUCUUUGGAUGAAAUAUUUAGAAUAUUUGCGUCGUAAAAUAGAUGAAAAUGUAGACGAAGAGGAUAAACAAAUAGAUAUUCUUCGUAAUACAUUUAACAGAGCAUGCGAACACUUGGCUAAGAUAUUUGGUUUGGAAGGUGAUCCUAAUGGAAUAAUUUUACAAUAUUGGGCAAGAACAGAAGCUAUAACUGCCAAUAAUAUGGAAAAGGCUAGAUCUCUUUGGACAGAUAUAUUUUCGCUAGGCCACUCGGGAACUGCUUCUUAUUGGUUGGAAUAUAUCUCUUUAGAAAGGUGUUACGGCGACACAAAACAUUUGAGAAAAUUAUAUAAAAGAGCAUUGACUUCGGUCAAAGAUUGGCCUGAAAGUGUGGCUAAUUCCUGGUUGAAUUUUGAACGCGACGAAGGUAAUCUCGAACAAAUGGAAUUUUGUGAAAUGAAAAUUAAAGAAAGACUGGGCAAAUUAACGGAAGAAAAAUCUAAAGCUAAGCAAGCUAGUUUGAAAAAAGAAUCAUAUGUACAACCAAAGAAAGCAAUUAGGAGGAAAGCUGAAGAUAUAAGCAAAUGGAAGAAUUUAGGAGUUUCUCUAAGCAAAAUAGUAAAAGUGGAAGAGAAAAAUCAAUUUAAAUUAAAAGAAAGUUGUCUUAACUUGGACAAAAUCUACAGCAUGGAAGAAGUUAAGUCAAAAGAUCAACCACCACCAGGCUUCAAAGUAUCUGAAAAUGAAGAAGCCGAUACAAAUCGUGAAGUAGAUGAUAAGUUAACCGUAUUCAUUAGUAAUUUGGAUUACACAGCAAUCGAGGAUGAAGUUAGGGAAGCUUUACAACCGGCAGGACCAAUAACUUUGGUUAAAAUGAUUAAAGAUUAUAAGGGACGUAACAAAGGUUAUUGUUACGUUAAAUUAAGCAAUACUGAGGCAGUUGAAAAAGCAUUGACGUUAGAUAGAACGCCCAUAAAUGGACGUCCCAUGUUUGUUUCAAGAUGUGAUCCUAACAAAAGCACGAGAGGUUCAGGAUUUAAAUACAAUAGCACACUGGAAAAGAAUAAACUUUUUGUCAAAGGUCUUCCGGUUACGACGACGACAGAGGAUCUUGACAAAAUAUUUAGUAUUUACGGAAAAUUAAAAGACGUUCGCUUAGUUACUUAUCGCAAUGGACAUUCCAAAGGAUUGGCAUACGUUGAAUACUUAAACGAAGCUGAUGCUGCUAAAGCUCUUCUUGCUACGGACGGUAUGAAAAUUGAUACGAAAGAAAUAAACGUAGCUAUUAGUCAACCACCUGAACGUAAGAAAGAAGAAGUUUUUCAUGGUAAAUCGUUGGGUAGUAGUACAGUAAGUAGAACAACGUUUGGGUUACCAAAAACCUUGUUAUCUAUGGUACCGCGUAAUGUUAUAAUUAAUAGUAAUAAUACUAAUAGUACUAAUAAGAAUUUAUCUAAGAACGGAGUACCCCAGCCGAAAAGUAAUCAAGAUUUUCGUAAUAUGUUGUUAAAUAAAAAAUAAUCUAUCGUAUUAUAUAAAACAUUAUUUUUAAUGAUUCCAGUGCUCCGUAUCACGUAGUAUCCUUCCCUAUAUCUGAGAAAGUAUAUAUAUAUAUUGUAUAAUUGUAUAAAGCAAAUUAUAUAUUAUGAAUAUAGAAUUUUGAUAAA